UGUUUUUGUUAUAUUAAAAACAUACUUUUUAAAAAUGCCGAAAAACAAAGGUAAAGGGGGUAAAAAUAGGAGGCGUGGAAAGAAUGUAAAGGAACAAGAAAAACGAGAAUUGGUUUUUAAAGAGGAUGGCCAAGAGUAUGCCCAGGUGGUUAAAAUGCUCGGCAACGGCCGUCUUGAAGCCUUAUGUUUUGAUGGUGUUACUCGUUUAACUCAUAUUCGUGGAAAAAUGAGGAAAAAAAUCUGGAUUACUCUCGGCGAUAUUAUUUUAGUGGGUUUACGAGAAUUUCAGGAUGAAAAGGCUGAUGUUAUACUAAAAUACAACGUGGAAGAAGCUCGCAAUCUGAGAGCCUACGGGGAAAUUCCUGCAGACACUAGAGUUAACGAAGCUGAUUAUGAAGGUGACGAUGAGGAAAUUAUGUUUACAGUUGAAGAUGAUGUAUAAUUAUAAUUCCUUUCUUUCCGGUAUUAUACGUAAUUCUUACCUCCCCGUACGUAUGAAAAAGUUACAGUUAGGAAUAAAUCUACC